CGGGGACACGCGAGUCCCGCUUGAGCCCCAAUCGCGCCGAAUUUCCAGCCAUGCCCUGGCGGCCGCUGCCUCGCAUCGCCUUUGCCGUGGCCAUAUACCCUUUCAACCCAUCCUCCCCCGCAGAUCUGCCAUUGGAACUUGGCGAUGAGUUGUACAUAAUUGAACAAGGCGGUACCGACGGCGAGUGGUGUCGGGGAUACCUGGUCGCGCCGCCGUCACUAUUGGCAGGCUUGACAAGCAUCAAAGGUCAGACUCUCGAAGCUCGCGUGUUCUCUGGUAUUUUUCCGCGGAACUGCGUUGAGAUUCGGGAGGUGCUAGGCGAUGGCGAUGGAUAUAAAGCGCUGCUUAAUGGUGAUCGCAAAAGCAUUGAUCGCCUGACCUGGUCGGGCUUGGACGGAGAGUUCCUCUCUCGAAACAGCAUGGCUUUGUCGAGUGAAAUCCAAGGAGAAGUGUCGGAUGUGAUCUUUGCGAAGAAGGGAAAACCUUCCCAAAUUAUUAUUCAUAAAACCGACGACCCAGCCCUUUCAAGUCCGCGCUCUGUACACACAUGGCGGACAGGCUCGAUUCCACAUACGCCGGUGUCUUUCACGCCUCGUGACCCUGACGCGCCAAAACCCGCUGCUCCGGUUCCAAUGCUUAAGGUUGGCGAUGAGACACCGACCUCCCUAGCGGAACCAUUGGUCGAUGAAAUCGCAUCAUGUCUACGCGAAUGGCAUUCCACCAAUUUGCAUGAACUGCUUCUAGACCGAAAGUAUGAUGUCUUGGAAAACAUGUCAAACAUGGUCCAGGAGCUGGAUUUUGCGAGACGCCAGUUACUACACAAUGUCCUAACUGGCAAGGAGAAGGAAGCUUUGCGUGACGAAACCGUGUGGAAGCUUGUCAAGGCAAACAAAAUGCUCAGCGGAAACGUUAUUGUGCGAGACCCUGAGCAGCGCGGUCGUCUGCUGACAGGUGAUGACUCUGCUAUCCAGCUGGCAAAGCUACAGUCUGAGAUGAGCAUGCUCGACUCUAGCCCUAUUGCGACAUCUGAUGCCACGGCCCUUCACCACUUGCUGCUUGAAAUUAACGCCGUAUCAGGCAAUGCCCCUGGACCCACGACUAUUGCAAUCCAGUUGUUCUCUCAGUCAGACGCCGGCGUUCUAGGUCCACUGUCUGAGACUUUUAGUCUGGACAUCCCGUCUCCUGAUAAGUUCAUUAACAUGAGUCAAAGCAGCAAAUUGAAAACACUGUUUACCGAAUUGGCCGCAACAGAUAUCGGCGAUGGGUCAACAAAUGGACGACAACUUUAUCUAGUCGUCUGGGUUCGUGCCCCAGAGACGAAGUCUACAGUCGACACUACUCCUGUAUCAAGGCCAUCGAUUUCACGAGAGAGUCCAGCUCCAGCUAAGGCCGCGACAAAUGGGGGCAUUCAACCCUCGGCAAAGGGCAGCUUGAGAACGCGACGCAGUAUGAUGUGGACACCCAAGCAGCGUGGACCGAGCUUCGAACAACCAGCCAAGCCGAAUUCUCAAGGCAUGCCACGAUCUUCGAGCAGCUCAUCCAGCGUCAAAGAGCCAACUGCCCCUCAACCUGUUCCGACAAAGGAGAUCUCCGCGAUCCGCACCGUUGGCGUGGGGAUUUUAGAGAUCUCGCCGAUCCUCCGACAGGAACGGAAUGCGGAGCAGGUGAUUAACAUUUGGUCCCCUCGUCGGGAUGGUGAAGAUGGAGAGGGGCUCACCGAUGGCUUUGACAAGUUGAUCCGCACCUUGCUCCCUAGUCCAACCGGCCGCUACGUGCGUGCUGAUCCUGCUGCCCGUCUUCACCUUCAUCUGCGUCCCUUCACCAGCUGUGACCCUGACAUCCUGAUCCGCCAAAAUCCUACUAUAUUGCAUGAUGUUGUCCAGACACAGCGCAUUGGAUUCUCGAGGGCGCCUACCCGCCCAAGAUCAGACAUAUACGUCACACUCUCUCAGGCCGUAUUCCCCACAGAUGCUCUGCUUUCUCACCCGCAAGCUGGUCAAUUGCCCCUGCAAGUGACUUCAGGUCUUAAUAAUCUUCAGCUUACCCUUGAGGUUCGCGAUGCUAAAGGAGCUCGGGUAGACCGAUGUGUUUUCCCUUCAUCUGCCAAUACCUCUAACACAGCGUGGCGCACUACAAUCGCCCACCGGGGCUCGCCUUGGAACCAGACCAUCCGCCUCAAGAUUCCCACUGAACAAAUUCCAGGCUCUCACAUGGUAAUGAGUAUUGCGGAUGCGCCAGAAUUCCCCUUUGCUCUUGCCUGGAUGCCCCUUUGGGACCAGCAGGCUUUCAUCAGGGACGGUCGCCAUUCACUCCUCCUGCAUGCUUAUGAUAAGCAAACAUCCAGCAUCCAAGACGGAAAGGGCGCUUAUCUGAACCUUCCGUGGAGUGCACUGGGCAAGAAUGAGUCAGCCAAGGAUGAAGCUGUGACUGGUCCCUUGGCCACUUUGCACCUUGAAACUCACCUCUGUAGCACAGAGUACUCCCAGGAUCAAGUGAUUCUUAGUCUUUUGAACUGGCGCGAGCGACCUGUGGAUGAGGUUUUGGAUACUCUCAAGCGUUUACUGUUCGUCCCUGAGAUCGAGAUCGUCAAGCAACUCAGUGGUGUCUUUGAUGCGCUGUUCGGAAUUCUGGUUGAGAAUGCCGGCAAUGAAGAAUACGAAAACCUGAUCUUUAACGACUUGGUGACUGUCUUGGGUAUUGUCCACGAUCGACGGUUCAAUCUAGGCCCGCUGGUCGACCGUUAUGCUGAUGACCAGUUCAACUUCCCAUUCGUUACACCGUGCCUCAUCAGAAGCUACCUGCGCCUUUUGAACGCAGGAACCGAUGGCCAGCAAUCCCGCAGCCUGCGCGCUGCCUUCAAGGUGGGACGCCAUCUGCUGAAGUUUAUCAUUAAGGCCCGUGAGCAGCAAAAGGCCAAGGAAGAAGGCAUCGGAAUCACCACUGUGCAGUCCACUUUCAACAGAGACAUGCACACCAUCUUCAAAUCUCUGGAGACAUUGAUGAGGAAUCCCUCGCCGGCACUGGUGGGCAGCAAAACACUGAUAGUCCAGCACUUCCACGCUUGGCUGCCCGAGCUCUCCAAGGUCCUGAGCCGGGACGAAAUGAUUAUGAUUGCAUUAAGCUUCAUGGAUUCAUGCAAGGAUGUAACAGGCAUGUUGAUCUUGUAUAAGCUGGUCCUCAUUCAAAACUAUACCCAAUUCGAGCUCUUCGCCUCAGGAGAAGAGCGACAAACUCUGAUCAACAGCUGUAUCGGCUGGCUGGCUCCAUACUGGGGCUCGACCCCCAUCGUCUCAGACCUGUAUCGCGAUCAAGUGCGCUUGAGCAAUUCCAUUGUGGCACAAUUGCUGAGCCAGCCUGAUCCUCUCCUUUAUGGGUUCAUGCCUAGUAUUGUCGCUUCUUACUGUGCCAUUUCCACUGAGGGAGUCGAAGAGACGGAAUAUCUAUCUUUGCUUUUCAGCAAGACAUUCCCAUUCCAGAUGAAGACCGCUAAGAUUCCUCAGAGCUUUGACGAGUCUUUGGUUGAGCUUUCGGCUCUCAUGGCUGCUAUAUCUAAGAUCGUGUCUCCUAAGCUUCCUUCCUUAAAAGAGCUUGAGCUUGCAACGUUCAUCGGCCAGACUUUUGAGGCCCAUAACUCCAUUCUCGACUGCGAGGCUUACCCCGAAUCCUGGUUCAGUAUUCAUGUGUACAAUCACCGCGCGACUAUCAAAAGUCUUGAACAUAUUGCUUUGUUGUUAACUGAUAAAUUCCUUCCGGCGCCGGACGAUGCCGAUACGUUCGAUACCAAGCUUUGGGAGUCUUUCUUUACUACCUUGCUCAAGGUCAUCUCUAGCGAUGUCCUUGCGCUGGAGACCUUCCCCGAGCAGAAGCGCCGAGCAGUCUGGAAGAUCGCUGGGGAUGUGCGUGAGCAAGGUGCUGAUCUACUACAAUCUACCUGGGAGGCCAUCGGCUGGGAGACUACUGAUGAUGAGAGAGAGCGCUUCAAUUUGAAGAGACUGGGUGGUUACCAGGUUCAAUAUGUUCCAGGCCUGGUACCUCCCAUUAUCGGUCUGUGUCUCAGUGUCCACGAGGGCUUGCGUCAUGUUGCUGUUCAGAUUCUGCAGACGAUGAUCUUGAGUGAAUGGGAUCUGAACCAAGAUAUCUCUAUCAUCGAGACGGAGAUCAUUUCUAGCUUGGACACCCUCUUCAAGUCGAAGCAAAUGAACGAGAGUGUCAGUCAGAAGAUCUUCAUUGGUGAACUUCUCGAUCUCUUCGAGGAUGACACGAUAUCAGAUGAUUUAUUGUCCAAUGCCGUGAAGAGUCUCGUCGGCACUGUCGAUGAACUUUUGGAUCUUCUGGUUGCUUCUCAGAGCUCAGCCUCGAUUCAGAGUCUCCAUGCUCUCAAGUUGAUGGAAUAUAUGAAGGACAUGGGCCGCGAGGACAUCUUCAUUCGCUACGUUCAUGAAUUGGCUGAAGCCCAAGCUGCAGCAGGCAACUUUACCGAAGCCGGUCUUGCCCUUCAAUUCCACGCCGACCUAUACGAAUGGGAUCUGACCAAGCCCAUGCCAGAGCUGCUCACACCUGCGUUCCCUGCUCAAAAUUCCUUUGAUCGAAGAGAGGCAUUAUACUUCUCUAUCAUUCAACACUUUGAGAAUGCCAUGGCCUGGGCCCCGGCUCUGGCUUGCUACAAGGAACUCGCGGCACACUACGAGCACACGACCAUGGACUUCGCCAAGCUCUCGCGAGCCCAGAGCUCCAUGGCUCGCAUCUACGACUUGAUCGCCAAGGGCGGCAAGCAGUUCCCGCGCUACUUCCGCGUCGUCUACAAAGGUCUAGGCUUCCCUCCCAGCCUGCGCGAUAAGGAGUUUAUCUUUGAGGCUGCGCACACCGAACGCAUGGCUUCAUUCGUCGAUCGCAUGCAACGAGAACACCCUACCGCGCAGAUUAUGUCUUCUGGCGACAUCCCCGAUUACGAAGGCCAGUUCCUGCAGAUUAGUGGUGUCAGUGCCCACCGCGAUGUGUCACACCCUGUCUACCAGCGUUCCAAGGUGCCGUACUCUGUCCGCGAGCACCUGUUGAUCUCUGAUCCGUCUCGAUUCUCUGCUACCUCGCGACGACACACUGGCAGCUCGGAUGUCCGUGAGCAAUACGUUGAGAAGUUCAUUUUCACUGUCUCUGAAUCGUUUCCGAAUAUCCUUCGUCGCAGCGAGAUCAUUUCUGCUCAGGAGGUUGCUUUGUCUCCCCUGCAGACAGCCAUUGAGCGAACGUGGCGCAAGACACAGGAGCUUCAGAUUCUCGAGCGCCGCGCUGCCUCGGGUGAGGAUUCUAGUCUGUCGAAUCUGACAGAAGCCUUAGAGCAACUGCUGGAGCAUCGGUCUCCGUCCUCGAAUUGCGUAGCAUUGUACCGUGUGUUCCUUUCCGAUGCGGAAAUGGCACGGAACAAGCUGCUUGAGGAAUUGGAUGAGGACGGUGAGGAUAUAGUGGAGCACCAGCCCGUGGACCCGAUGGAGACUGCACUCUCCGUCGCGCUCGUCGACCAUGCUUUGGCUAUCAAGCACGCCCUGUCUCUCUACCAGCGCCCUGCCCAACAAGCUACCCAAGCCGAACUGCUCCGACGCUUUGAGGACGUCUUCGAGCCUGAGCUAGAGUCUCUUGUCACCGUUCCAGUGGAAAACUCUUCGCCCACGCCAACUCAAACAGCCCGCCAAUCUCCAGCCUUGAGCGACAGUCGCCGAAUGACUACUAUCCAGCGAACCAUCAGCCCAGAGCAGAAUUCGAACGGCGCCGCUCGCAACGCACACACGCGCAAGCGCUCCGAUCGACAAUCCGUCAGCCACCGGAUCAGCAUAAUCAACCCCUUCAAACGAACUCACGGCCCCUCCAACUCCAUCUUCACCAUCCAGCAAUCCGACAGCAAGGGCCAAAUUGUCAACGAACAAGAAGAAGUCGACGACGAGACGGCGACCAUCCACAGUCGCACGACCAGCCACUCGCGCGGCGGCCGGAGCGAAAAGCGCCGCAGCUUUUUCAGCGGUGACAAGAGCCACAAGCACGGAUCCUCGCCCUCUGUCGCAGCGGCAGCUCGUGAAUCCCAAACCUCAUUGAAAAUACGCAACCCUUCCCGCGACGCCUCCCAUGAUGGUCGUAGUCGCGCGGGUUCCCAACACAGAGGCCCGAGUACAGCUGACCGCGUACCCGCUAGUGGUGGGUGGUCGACAAUCCCUCCCACGCGUGAUUACUCGCGGCCUGCUACAAGGGAUAGUAAUACGGUGACUAUGACGACUACCAAUGGUACGGCGCCUUUGUCGCCGGUUAAUAAUAAUAAUAAUAGUGGAAUGCGGGAUUCGGUGUUCCGUCGAUUCAGUAUGCUCAAGGGGAAGGGUGUUGGUCGGAAGAAUAGUCGGAUGGAUUUCAAAGCUGCGUUGCCAGAGGACACCAAACUCCGCUCCCAAUUCCGAAGCCACAGCUUCGGACCAGCAAGAAUGUCUCGCAGUGGCUCCCUAGGUGCUAAUGAGCGCACUGGACUUCUCAGUGAGCCCCGUGGUUCUUUCUCUGGUCUCUCACCUCAUGAACAUGUCGACCAUGGCCAGCAUCAUCAUCACCCGAAGGAUAGCCGCGUGUGGGUGCGCUGGCCUGCACAUGUCGUCCAUCUGACGUGGAAGACCCUCAUCCGUGACUAUGUUAAUCUCCUACUUGUCUGCGUACCCUUGGGGAUUGUGGCUGGUGCCCUUGGCUGGGAUUCCACUGCUGUGUUUACCCUUAAUUUCUUUGCCAUCAUUCCUCUCGCGUCGCUGCUGAGUUUUGCGACGGAGGAGCUGGCGGCUACGAUGGGUCAGGCCCUGGGUGGCCUGAUGAAUGCAACUUUCGGGAAUGCCGUUGAGUUGAUUGUCAGCAUCAUUGCCCUGAAGGAUAAUCAGGUGCGUGUUGUACAGGCCAGCAUGCUCGGCAGCAUCUUGUCGAAUAUCCUGCUCGUACUGGGAUGUUGCUUCUUCGUCGGAGGUCUGCGCUACCGUGAGCAAUCUUUCAACAGCACCGUGGCAUCGACCAUGUCCUCGUUGAUGGCCGUUGCCUCUGCUUCGCUCAUUAUCCCCGCCACCCUUUACGCCGCGAUCUCGAACAACACUGUCUCGAAGCCCGGUGACGCUACCACGGACCCGGACCACGAUGCCCAGCAUAACAUUCUUAUCCUGUCGCAUGGCACCUCCGUCAUCCUGCUCCUGCUCUACGUCAUGUACCUCUUCUUCCAGCUGCGAUCCCACUCGGAUCUCUUUGAGGAGACCAACGGGAGCGAUGCUGAGGCUGGUGGCGCUGACGAGGAGGAGGAAGAGGAAGAACGUGUACUCAGCCCUUGGGCUGCGACUGUUGCGCUGGUCGUGGUUACUGUCCUGGUCUCCAUCUGCGCCGACUACUUGGUCGGCAGCAUUGAUAGCAUGGUGGAGAAGACAGGCAUGAGCAAGACCUUCAUCGGUCUGGUGCUGAUUCCCAUCGUCGGUAAUGCUGCGGAGCAUGUCACUGCCGUGGUGGUUGCGUACAAGGAUAAGAUGGACCUUGCGAUUGGUGUUGCGAUUGGUAGCAGCUUGCAGAUUGCUCUGUUUGUCACUCCUUUCUUGGUUAUCUUGGGCUGGAUCAUGGGUAUUGAGAUGACGCUGCACUUCCAGACUUUCGAGACAGUUGCUUUCUUUAUUUCGGGCUUGGUUGUUACCUUGCUCAUUCAGGACGGAAAGUCUAACUAUCUCGAGGGUGGAAUGUGUCUCGGCUUGUAUAUUAUUCUUGCCCUGGCAUUCUAUGUCUAUCCCGAUAAUGUGGCCAACUAA